AUGCCCGCUCUGAUUUUUUCCGAGUCUGACCUGCAAAGAAUCGAGCAAGCUCAGCAGCCGGUGAAGUCGGUAACUGAGAAAGGUUCUCCCUUCAAAGUGCUUGCACUCGAUCCUAGCAAAGUCUCGGUCGUGAACAGCAGCGGCCGAAUAUCGCUAAAGGCGGCCGAGGAGAAUGAGCUCCGAAUCGAUGCUACGAACGCUGGGGACUACAGUUUAUACCUUUAUUGGUCCGGAUCCCUCGUUCCCAGCUGUCCUCUCUUGGCCAUCGCAAAGCUGGACAAAACGAGCGACGUAGAUCCGAUGAAGGUGCUGGUCAGCGGCGAGGGCAUCAAGGAAGCUCGAACUAAGGUCGAAUCUGAAUUCAUCAUUGACGGCCGUCAAGCGGGACCAGGGUAUCCUUCUUGCCUUUUGAAAGGUCAGAAGGCGGACGUGCCCGUUUCGUUGUCACAAAUCGAUAGUUACGUUUGGCGUGCCUCGUAUGUACCGUAUAUUCCAGGACUCUACAAGCUGGAAAUAAAAUGGCUUGAUAAAAACGUUCAGGGCUCUCCCUUUCGGGUGCAAGUUAUUGCCAGUGGCGAUGCGAGCAAGGUGAUUGUUAACUUUGACGCUUUCCAGCACGGAGUUGUCGGUCAGCAGCUGAAAACCUCGGUUGAUAUUCGGAAGGCUGGCUCAGGUGAGCUCAUGGCGCAAUGCGCCGGACCCACAAAGCCGGCAUUGUGCGAUUUAAUUGAUAAUCAGGACGGAACUUAUACUAUGACUGUGAAGGCGGUCGAAGUUGGAAAUCACGUUAUUACGACCAAAUUCAACGGGGAACACGUCCCAGGAAGCCCACACUCCGUUUUCAUUUCGAGUCCCCCAGACUCGAGCAAGGUCCGCGUGUACGGAAGCGGGAUCGAACACGGCAUUUUGUCUACAUUUGAUAGUACUUUUUAUGUUGAUACUAAAGGGGCUGGCGCUGGACAGCUGACUAUCCGAGUCAGAGGCCCGAAAGGUGCAUUUAACGUUGAAAUGACGAGAGAAAACAAGAAGAGCCGGCUGAUAACAUGCCGUUAUGAACCAAAAGAGCCUGGCGAUUAUCACAUCGAUGUAAAGUGGGCCGGCGAACACGUUCCGGAUUCGCCGUUCACGGUCAUGAUUUUUGACACUCAGACGGAACUGGAUCGCUUUCUCUCUGGCCAGAUGAUGAACCCUCCGUAUUCGUAUCCGUUUUUUCCACCCGGAUGGAUAGGACCUCCUCCCGGUGUUCUGGUUUCUCCGUCACCUUCUAACACUAUUUACUCGCCCAUGAUAUCAUCUCCCAGUCUGCCAUAUGGUCCAGCUCCUCAGUCACCGUAUUUUACUUCCAAGAGCGUGCACUGA